AUGAUGAACGACUUAGUUCGUUUCAGUGAUUCAAAGGGAAAAGUGAUAUCAAGUCCAAUAUUAAUUCAAGUGAACAAGUUUGAAAAUUUGAUUUGAUACAAAAGUUUAGUUUAUUGAAAGAAAAAAAAAAAUACAGAAUUACAGAAAAAUUGCUAAAACAAAAAGAGAAUAGAAAAAAUUUUCAAAAAUAAAAAGAAAAAUUACCGAAUUCAACGAUUCUUGUUAAGAAUAUUCAAAGCAGCUUAGGAUUAAACCAUGAAUUCUAUUCUGGUGUUCGCUUUCUGCGUGGGAGUUGUUUGCACCGAUGUGGCCACAGGAUUUCAGGUUGACAGUUCCUAUGGCAAAGACAAUCAGUUGACUUAUCAAACCGCAACGAAUCCGCCGUCAAUUUUUGAAAAAUUACUUAACGUGACGACACUAUGUGAUUCUCUUUUCAUCGGAAAUGUGGAAAUUGCUAAAAAACAAAUCGAAAGCGGAGUUGAACUUGAAAACUUAGCUAAAUGUGUGCCAUUGAACGUCGCCGUGGAAUACGGUUAUAUGGAUAUUGUUCAAAUGCUGAUCGAAAAAGGUGUCUCAAUUGAUUCUAUUGGAUUAUAUGGUGAGACACCAUUGCAUAUGGCCGCCACUUCCGUAGAUCGCAUAGAUAUUGCUCAAUUACUCGUUGAACAUGGAGCUGAUGUUAACGCUAGAACUCCGGAAGAUUGGACACCACUCCACGUCUCGUGUGUGUUUGGUUUUGUGGAUAUUACGAAGUUCCUCAUUGAAAAUGGUGCCGAUGUUAAUGCGAAAGGCAUGGAAAAUGUCACUCCACUUGGAAUUGCUUCUUAUAGCGGUGAGGCAGCAGUUGGAAGCAUUCUUAUUGAACAAGGAGCCGAUGUUAAUGCCAGAGAUUAUGAAAAUGAAACGCCAUUGCAUUUUGCCGCUGGUGAAGGUAACGAUGACAUGGUUAAAUUGUUGAUUGAUCAUGGAGCGAUUGUUAAUGCGAGAGAUAGUGAUGAUCAGACACCACUAUUCUGGGCUUCGGAGGGCGGUUACGGGGCAUCCGCGAAAAUUUUAAUCGAGAAUGGUGCCAAAAUCAACAUUAGAGACGUUAAUAGCUCAUCACCGCUUCAUAUAGCUGUUUCUGAAGGUAAAAUUGAAAUUGUUGAACUUCUCAUCGAACACGGCGCCAAGGUUAAUGUCAAAGACAUUGAUGGACAAACCCCGCUUCACUUGGCAGCUUUUGAAGGCGAUGUGGAAAUUGCUGACAUACUUAUUGCAAAUGGAGCUAAGACGAAAGUCAGAGACAAUGACGGAAAAACACCACUGGACAUUGCCCAACAGAAUGAUCAAGUUGAAGUCAUCGAUUUAUUGAAGAAGCUUGAAAAUCCAAAGAUAAUUUAUGCACAUUGAUUUGUUGGCUGUAAGGUGGUCGAUCGAUUCAAAUGAAAUAUGUCAAUUUAUUAAUAAAGGAAUGAAAGUCAAA